AUGGGAGGGUUGCCGGGUGGGCGUCGCGAGUGUGGGUCGGGGAGUGAGGCGCCUCAGUCACGUCCCAGGAGCCAGGCGGCGGACACCACGGCACGCACCAUCACACAAAUGGCUACACUAACGCGAUCUCUGCGUCUCGUGGCUCUCGCCAAGCCAUGUGUGAUGCGCCUGGGGCCUCCCCGGAUAGCAGCGUGUGUGCACACCAUGAGGAGGAGGGAGUGGAGAGGCAGCGAGGGGAGGCUGGUGCCGGCGGCGCUGCAGAUACAACGAAACUGUCAAAGGAGUUACAGCAAUAAACAAACACAGAUGGAUGUGUCGGAGCGAGUCAUGGCAAUUUGCAAGUUGUAUAAUCCUUCUCGACAUGUUGAGACAAUAGAUGGUGUUCGUAGCUACAGUGCCAAGGCACCUCUGACACUCGACAUGAUCCAGCAGAGAGUUCUGCUUGUCCUCAAACUCUACGAUAAAGUUAAUCCUGAUAAGCUAACAAUAGAGUCUCACUUCAUGCAAGACCUUGGCCUAGAUUCCCUUGACCAUGUUGAGGUCAUCAUGGCUAUGGAGGAUGAGUUCGGCUUUGAAAUACCGGAUGGUGAUGCAGAGAAACUUUUACGACCAGCUGACAUCAUUAGAUAUGUUGCAGAUAAGGAGGAUAUUUAUGAAUAGGGUUUCACACGGUGAUGGAACUGUUGGACAGUUCCAAAGUUGGACAGAGUGAUCACUCUGGCUAAAAUCCUGCAUGCUGUAGCUCCAGGGAGAAAGGCCUCAAGAGCUUGGCCAGCCUUGUUGUGCAGUGAUCCAGUGUUUUGGCAAGACAAGUAUGACACUGUAUAUAAUUUUGUUUACAAAGAAGCAGCCACUGGUGAGAUUUAGAGAACUAAUGAUGUUAAUUUUUUUGACUAAAAAAGAAAAUUUGCUAGUGGUUUACUUUGAACCUGUUCUUAUUUUUGACCUCAUUUUUACAGUGCUUGUAAUUAAUAGUGAAUGUGUACAGAUAAUAAAUAAAAUAAAUAAGCUUUA